AACCUUCCACAAAGGAUCGCAAUCCACGUUCGUUUCUUCUCAACAUCCCCCCACCUCGACUAAGAGGUUGCCUAAAGCCUGACUAUCACAUCACCCAUAUUCAUCUUUUCUUUCUCUCUUUUCUGGUUCAACUCUGAGCAUGAUGUUGGCUCUACGUAGCUACCUCCUCGUAGGGCUUGCUGGCAUCGCCAGCGAAGUCUUUAUCUUCUCUAAAGGCGAAUGGGAUCGUCACUCUCCAACUAUCCUCAAAUUCCUCAUCAGUGUACAGGCCCUCGUCACGGUCUGGUUCAAAAUAUAUGGCUUUACCCUGCUAUCUUCCAUCCAGCAAACAUGUGUCUUAACUGCGGUUUACGCCAUUUCCUUGUUCACGGCAAUGUCAAUCUACCGGCUUUUUUUCCAUCCACUACGCGGGUUUCCUGGCCCCAUAGCAGCUCGUGUAUCUGUAUUUUGGAUCCUCAAGCAGAACUUGCCCCAAUUAUUGUUCUAUAGAAAACUCCGUCAGCUACACAAUGACUACGGGGAUUUCGUCCGUACAAGACCCAGAGAGCUGUCCAUUUGCCAUCCAGACGCCGUGAUGGACAUUCUAGGGCCACGCUCGAAAGUUGUCAAGGGCGAAUUCUACGAACACAUGUGGCCGCAUCAGAAUCUCCAAUUGACCCGCGACAUUGCAUUUCAUAAGUCCAAGCGCAGGGUCUGGGAUAAGGCGUUCAGUCCCAGUGCUCUUCGCGAUUAUGUGCCCCGCUUGGCUGGACAUCACGCUGAGGUCAUCGAACUACUGGACAAACACAGUCGCUCUGGCGUUCCUGUCGAUGUAACGAGAGUCUUCAUGGACGUGCAGUUCGAUGUCAUUUCUGACUUCAGUUUCGGGAAGUCCUGGAACAUGCUGACGAGCGGCAAACCACAUCCACUUGUGAAAGACUUUGUUGAGAACAAGAGAAUAGUGGGGUUUUUGAUCAAUUUCCUGUGGAUUUUCCAUUUGACCAAGCUCUUCCCGGGGGUAGAAGGCAUGAUCGAUGAGAUGCUGAAAGAAUACGGGAAGAUGUUGGAAGAGAGGAGACAGAUGAGAUCCCCGUUACCGGAUUUUUAUACCUACUUUUCCCAGAACCCGCAAGCGAUCAAAGAUGGCCCCGCAGAUGCUCAACUAGCAGUGAUCGCAGGUGCAGAUACGACUGCCUUGACCCUCAUCCACAUCUUCUACAUUCUCGCCCGAUACCCAGACAUUCAGUCCAACUUACAUGCAGAACUUGACCCGUUACCUGCCUCCGCCGAAGACUCCGGCCUCGUGAGCGACCAGUAUCUCGCCCCGCGUCCGUAUCUCAACGGAAUCAUCAACGAAGUCCUGCGCCUCUACUCUCCAGUCCCAGCUGCCCUCCAGCGACUCACACCGCCUGAGGGUGCUACGAUUGCAGGUCGAUACGUCCCCGGAAACAUGAACGUUUCGGUUCCCACCUACGCGCUGCACCGUGAUCCACGCGCAUUCGCCCAACCAGAUGAGUUCAUACCGGAACGUUGGUCUUCCCAACCCGAACUCAUCAUCCGCAAGGACGCGUUUAUCGCCUUCUCCUACGGCCCGGAGAAUUGUGUCGGACGGCCGCUCGCCAUGAUGCAGUUGAGGAUGUUGGUAGCGAGGAUCGCACGAAGGUUUGAGGUGAGUGUUCCCAAGGGAGCGGACAAGGAGUGGCGAAAGUUCGAGGAGGAGAAGGCGGAUUGCUUUGUCUUGGAUGUGAGGAAGUUGCCUAUGGUUUUCAAAGAGAGAGUGAAGCAUUGAACGGUAUGUUUGUGCUCUCUCUUUCGAAGGCUGGAGACUAUGCUUCAAGGAUUUUGUACGUAUUUCGGUCAAACUGGUCGUAACAAAUAACGCCCCAUACUAGGCAAUGGAUCAUUAGAAAGAUUUAAUUAUUUGAACUUCACUCUGCAAGCGUGGAAGGUUCAACCGCCUAAAAUCUAUAAUCAAGACGAACUGAGCGCGAUUCCAAACACUGGCUGAGUUUUGAGACUUUGCAUGGUACAUUUAUUAGAACGCAAUGGUCAAAAAGAUUCCGCAUGAUCCUGGAAUAUUGCCCGAUUAUAUAGCUGCGUUGUAUGAGGUACAAGAUUGGGAGAGUUAUGAAGCGUUUGCAGGAGUCGUACGCCAAUAGGCAUCUGUCUAAACAGGCAGAAAGAGUGAGAUCGAGAUUCUUACGCUAAUA